AUGGCAACAAAUAAAAUAACCGAAGCUAAAUCACCUGUUGAGAAAACCAAGGAACUUGCUGAAACAUUAACUGAAUUUGAAUUGAGUAAUGGUGUGAUUAGUGCAGAUAAUCAAAAUGAAGAAGUGUCAGCAGUUGAUAAAUUUAAACAACGUCUUGAUCGUUUUGGGAAAAUAGCACCUGAAGCAAAAAAAAUUUCUCGUGCAUUACGUUUUGGUACAUCGCACGAAGCAAUUGAGGGUACAGCUAAAAAACGACGUUUAGAAAGAUUUGGAGCUGUUCCUCAUUCUGCAGAAGAUGAACAACAAAAAAAACGUCUACGAGCUGAUCGUUUUCAUUUAGUUAAUUCAACAUCGACAACAGAUGAAGAAACAAAGAAAAAACGUAUUGGUCGUUUUGGUGUUGUUACACCAUCUACAACUAAUAAUAAAGCUGCUCAAAAAUCUGCAUCAACCACUUCAGAUUUAUCUGAUGCUAUUAAAAAAAGAACUGAACGUUUUGGUGAUAUAUCUCAGGUAGCCAAAACAAAUACAUUGAAUGAACAAAAACUUAAACGCACGGAACGAUUCAAACCACUCACAAGUGCUUAA